GCAGGCAGCGCCCGUUAUUUCCUCUCUGCAUCACUUGCCGAAAGACGCACCUCAGUAUGUCGGCGGCUCCGCGCGCACAGCUGUUCCUCUUUUUCAUCUCCCUUUCUGCGAGAAUGGGGCUCACUCGUUACACUGAGAGCAACGAUCCCUCAGAUGGAUUAUAUUCUCUGCUCAGUUUGGCCCAGAAAAGAGAAUCAGAGGAUUUUAUUUUCCGUCGACCUCUCAGAUGCUUGGACAUGCUGGCCACUGAAGGCUAUUUCACCUUUGUGGCAACCCGACCACAACUGGCUUGUGCUGCUUUCAUCAUUGCUGAACCCAAUGAAGUCAUCAGUCUUGAGCUUUCUGACGUCAGUAUCGACUGCAACGCUGGAGACUUCGUAAAGAUUUUUGAUGGCUGGGUUUUGAAGGGCGAGAAGUUUCCAAGCAGUCAUGACCACCCGCUCCCUCCACACGAGCGCUACACAGACUACUGCUCCUCCACAACACCAGGAAUCACCAGUCGGUCCUCUCAGAACGUUGCCAUGGUCUUCUUUCGCAUUCACAGCCCUGACAGUGGCUUCACCCUUGCUGUUAAAAAACUGCACAACCCUUUGCCUUGUAACAUCAUGUCUCAGAGUCCAGAAGGCAGCUUCACCAUGGUGAUACCCCAUCAGCGCAGAAACUGCAGCUUCUCUAUCAUCUACCCCGUGGAGAUCCGACUGACAGAUCUCAGCCUUGGGGAGGCCAAAAACAAUGAGAUCAGUCCACUGAGACAGAUGUGGUCUGGUUGUUCAGGGUCUGGUGACUAUGUGGAACUUCUGGGAGGAAAUGGGGUGGACACCUCUAAGAUGAUCCCUGUAGCUGACCUCUGUUUCUCCCUCAGUGGGCUCGCCCAGAUGAAGAUCGGCUGUGAUAACUCGGUGGUGAGGCUGGUGUCCAGUGGGAACUAUAUUAACCGUGUUUCCUUCCAAUACCGAUUACUGGAUCAAAAUGAGCUUCCCAAAACUGGAGAGAACAGUCUGGACAACUUCUGCUCUGUGGAAUGAGAUCCGUCUCUCUCUCUCUCACACACACACACAUGCAAACACUCAAACUCACACUUGUAGGUAUUCAUGCAUACAAUCACACAGUCAUCUGUGAAAAUAUCACUUCAACAAACACAUCCCAUUUAUCUGAUGCUGAGAAUAAGUAGUUUGCAUUGUAAAAUUAUAAUGUUAAAUCUGAUCAUUACAUAUUUAUUUUAACUAUAAUUGCAUUUAUUGCAAAUUUAUGGAUGAUGGUGGACUAUAUUGUUUUGUUUUUUUUAUUCAGUUAUCUGAUAUAAACAUGAUAUAUGUUAUUUGUUGGCGAAUUCAUUUCUGUUGCUCUAAGUUUAUUUUAGUAACUGUUUACAUUCCUGUCAUCUCUUCUCUUUAUAUUGCCUUGAAGGUUUAAAAAUAAAUAUGACUUGCAUGAUAAAGCA